AUGCAAGGAGUUUGUCUCACGAUCGAAGCAACAUCACAUCCUUUUUACAAGGAAUCCUCCAUUCUAAAGGCUUUUCUCAACUACCGGUGCCCUUCUACCAAUUCUUUCCACCUUCCCGAAGGUGAAAUGAGCAUUACGCUCUGGGAUGUCCAUAGGAUCAUCGGUCUGCUGAUAACUGGAAAAGUCUUUGAUGAAUUUGUCCCCACCAAUGAUGAGUUAGCCUUUGUCUCUUCGCCUGACCGUAUUGCCUCUUUCUCGGAAACAACCACUGAACUCUUUAAGGAGAUGUCCAAGUUUCCAAAUAUUCACAAGAUUCACCCUAUGCAAUGGCUAGCCCAUUUUAGUAGAGCUCUUCGGUUUAACGGUAACCACUCACGAGAGCUGGAACAUCUUCAUCGGGGCAUGAAAGAUCGUGCUGAGUACUCUAUUUAUGGGGAACUUGCAGCAUUUAUUGCUUACUGGCUGAGCAUAGUGGUUUUUCCCAUCUCUAAGUCAGCAGAUGUCAUCCGCCCUUCAUUGUUUGUAGUAGUCGGCGCCAUGGCUAAAGGAAUUAAAUAUUCCCUCGACCCUCCUGCUUUAUGCUCAAUUUACAGAGGUUUCAGAGAGAUUGCUUCUCUCAUAAAAAGUUCCUCCGUCGGCUCUGCUUCUACCUAUAUGGCAUGGCAUUACUUCCUUGGCUGGCUUGAUGUCUAUUUCCCUUGGACCUUCGAAGUGCCAGAGAAAGCUUACGUCCACCCUUCUCAGAUUCCUCUCUGGUUUUUCCAAAAGAGAGCCAUGGCGAAGACGUCCUAUGACUGGGUGAAAGAUGCCAUCUCCUCCGACGCCAAGAUUAAUUACUUUCAUUUCUGCCUACCACAUUACAUAAUGAACACAGACAAGGUGGACACAGAAUCACUCACUACAGGAGAAAAAAGGAUCAUUGCUUCUACUUCUCCGGUCUUAGCCAGCAUAAAUCUUCAAUCAGAAAGCAACCAGUCUCUUCUUUCUAAAGGGAAACAGGUUGUUAUUGAAGAAUCCAGUGAAGGAGAUUCGGAAAGUGAAGGUUCAACUUCUUCGUCUAGAAAUACUAUUUCUGAUGAGCAUGAGGUGGAAGAAGAGAAUCAAGAUGAUGACUAUGAAGAGAGGGAAGUUGAUAUUAGCGGCGUAGAAGACAUCAUUGCAGAAGAUGUUCCUACUGAUGAAGGACAUAUCCUUCCGACUUCCGAGGCUGUUCCUGUAAAGACUUCACCUAUAGCAGGGGAAGAAGAGGACGAACCCCUAGACUACGGGGAAUAUGGUUAUUCGCCAUGUGAUCAUGUUGCUAAUACGGAAGCAAAUAGCACUUCUCCCAUAAGUUUACCUCCCAUCAUACCAGCAGCUUCACCGAGAUUCUCUUUGCCUCCAUGGGCAGUGGCAUGUGAAAUUGCUUUUCCGGUGGAAUCAACUGAUCUGCCAACUCCCACCACCAUUGAUUCGAGUACUGAAGCUAGGGCUCCAUCUUUUACUGAGAUGGUGGAACCCAAUCCCCCUCUUGUUAAAGAGAUGCAACUUCUCACUAUUCUGGUACUAGUAGAAGGGAAUUUACCUCAAAGUAGCACGGCAAGUUCUAGUUCUAUUGGGACUUCAUCAAAUGUGCUAUCCCUCGAAAAGAUUUCUACGUAUAAGUUGGCGUUGAUUAGGAAUUCCAUAUUAGCUAUUGUCGAGAUGUUCAAAGAUCCUGAUUAG